AUGGCAUCAGGAAAGCGAAAGAGAUCGACAUCAUGCAGUGUUAAUGUUAAGAAGUCAAGAUCACAAGCUUUUUUGGAUACUUUAUCUGUCGAUGAAUCAAAAGCUUGGUUGGACGAAAUUAUUCCGAGGGGUCCAUAUGAAAAAUUAGUGAAUUGGCGUCACAUUUCAUCUGUUCCGACGAUGAAGGAACUGGAAUCAGCAACAAGUGUUGGACCAUUCAAUGGUGAGUUUUUUUCAUUCGUUGCGAAACAUUAA